CGUGAAUCCAACAACAGCGAAGGCUUUGCUCAUAAAUUAUUAAUUACGUUAUGUGACGUUCUUCGAGCGACCUACCUGAUUCGCGGAAAGCCUAAACUAAUUAAUAUUAAUUACGUUAUGUCGAACAGGCCUUCCUGAUUUGCUGAAUGACUGACAUUUUCCUUAUGAAUAAUAAUUAGGCAGUGUUCUGGACGAUACGGGGAAAUGAACAGGACGUGAUUAAUAUUAAUUAAAUCAAGUCAUACGCCAUAGUAUAUCCUGCACACAAAUCAACUGAACUCGUCUGUAAACUGAUUAGCCUAUAUGUUUUUACCAGAGACCGACUGAUGUUUACAAAGCUAUAAAUACUUAUAGUUCAUAAUCUGAAAUGCGUCGUUGACCUUUUGUUCAAACCACACCCAAAACAACAGUUUUAACAGGUGAGGUCACGUCGGCUCCAGACACUAUCUACCUUGCGACUCGGCAGGAUAAACCGGAUGUCAUGGCUGUGCCUUUACCACAUGACAGCAGUAAUGCAGCAUUCGACUGGUUCACUGAAUUCCAGCGCAGCUGCAUUUUGAAGGAUGGAACUGUUCCAGAAUGGUUCCAUGGAAUAACAUCCAGGAAGGCUGCGGAAGACAUGCUGAUGUGCAAACCUCCUGGUUACUUCCUCGUUCGUGUUAGCGAGAGCAGAGUGGGUUAUACAUUAUCUUAUCGAGCUGAGGAUCGCUGCAGACACUUCAUGAUUGCCGUCUUGCCAGAUAACCAGUGUAUUAUAGUGGGAGAAAAGACACGCUUCUCUUCCCUCCAUGACUUGGUUGCCUUUCAUCGCAGAAAUCCCAUUCUUCCCUUCAAUGACUUGCUUACUGUGGCCUGCGAACAGGGUGGUAAAAAUAACUACGCUGAGUUGUUGUUUCCUCGAAAGAAAGAUGCAAACCCUGGACAGGUUGAAUGGAUACAUUUUUCAACUCCAACACAUACAGCUCAUUCAGAUAUCUCUGAACACAACCCAACUUCGCCGCUCCAAAACAAAUCAUUUACGCUACCUACAAGUCCUUCUGCGAGACUGUAUCCCAGCUUGGAGACGGAAAUGAGCUCUUUGAGUCUACAGAGCAUGGAUCAGCCAACAAAGCCCAUUCCAAAGCCUAGAACAAUAUUUACGUCCAAAUCACCAACUGACGACACACCACCACAGUUACCGCCCAGAGCAUGCUUGCCAAAUCGCCCACAAGCCGCCACAGAGGCUGACAGAUUGCAAGGGUUGAUGCCAGUAAGCUCUGACAGACAUCAAAUCCCACCUGACACACCUGUCGAAGGCCGUACCCAACAGAAAAACCAACAACCAUUGAAACCGGUGGUCAUGGGCCUGGCGCAAAUUAAGAAAAAGCUUAAAAAGAACCGCUCCAAGGAGCGCAUGUAUGAGGAGAUCACUCAAGAUGCGUGUCAGGAAAAUGCAACUUUUGCUUUGGAGAGCAGUAACGUCAACCCUAAACAACCGGAUGAAAAUGACUAUCAGGAAUUACCUGAAAAAUCCACAGUUGAAGGCCGUCGGGCAUCUGAUGGGAUUCCCAACUUUGCAGAUAACCAAUUACCAUUGGAGUACUUGAAUCCACCUCCUUUUGCACCUGGUUACUAGAUAAAAACAUAAAGAUGGGUGGUUUUACUCAGAGCAUUUUUUUUAUUGUCACUGAAUAACGUGACAACAUCAGUCUCUUUGUUGUGAUGUUCUUUUUCACUAUGAUGCAUUUCAAUCUCUGACCUAACACAUUCUGAACACAGGUUUGUCAUCUGGAAAAACCUGUUGGACAUGGUCAAAUAUUUUAAUAUAAAGUUGACAGAGCGUGUUGUGCCUUUGGGCAUGAAUUUGAAUAUACUUCUGGAUUAUACUUCCUAAAAUCUGGCACUUUACAUAUCAGAAAAGAAAACAAAAAAACAUUGUAAAUAUUAGCUUUUUACUGCAGUUGGUCAAUAAAUGUACAGGUAAUACAAGAAACCCAAGAUUAACAUGUUAUUUCUUCCAAAUACCUUGGAAUACCAUGUAAAUUCUGUGGUGCAUGAUUUUACAGGUUGAAGCUAUUUUGUCAUGGUUUAGCUGGUCUAGGCUGGUCUUCAAUUGGAUUAGAUGGUAACAAGUGACGAAAACCCCUUUGAAACCAUCAAAUUAGACCUAAGACAAGUAUUUACUGUUUGUUGUGUUGCUUAGCCUUUAAUUUUAUUAAAUAUUUUAAUAGAUUUAUGUACUAUAUAUGAUAAUUCGGAGUGCUAUAUAUGUACUAUAUAUGAAUAUUCGGAGUGCUGGAUCCCUGUCAAUCUUCAAGCAACAGCUGAAAACUCAUCUCUUUCGACACUACUUGACUUCAGCCUACACAUAAAAAAAAAAAAAAACUCUUUCUCCUUAUUUAUUCCUUCCCUUGCUGGCUUGUACUUAUUUAAACAAUGCCUGAGACUUGGUGUUACAAGCACUUCGUUUGUCGGAUUGCCUCUUCAAGAUGAAUCGCUUUAUGUAUUCCCUAAAUUGUAAGUCGCUUUGGAUAAAAGCGUCUGCAAAAUGACUAAAUGUAAAUGUAAUAAUUUUAGGCUAUGAUUGUACAUUUUUUUAUAAUAUUGGUUAUAUUGAAAUAGGAAUGUUUUUUAAUGUUUAUUUUAGAACAUUCCCACAAUAAUUAGCACUAAGCUGCACACAAUUAAUGGGGAAAACACAACAUUUAUUACAAAUAUUUACAAAAUAUAUUCCUUCAUCGUUUAUGAUGGUUUAGUUGAUCUUCCAGGCUGACCUUCAGUAGAUUUAGCUGGUAACGAGCACCCAAAAUCCCACUAAAACCAGCAAACCAACUUUUUUAAAACUCUUUAUCCGAUAGUCUCAGAAGAUCCUUGAUUCUUAAUUAAAUGUUGAUCUCGUUGUAAGGCCACUCAG